AUGGCAUUUACAAGACUCCGUCGCUUCUUGCGUCGCGUUUUCCGACGUCGCCCUGCAGCAACACCACCCGCUCCAGCUCCAGCACCAGCGGACCAAGCAUCCAUCGCCUCCUCCCGUUCAGCCCCGGCACCCACGGACGAGGACUUCGAGCGGAUCAGACAAGCCGCUCUGGCGGCUCAGUAUAAACGGCCCCAAGAGGUCCCCUUCAUCUUCGUGAAUGGUGGUGAGGAGGGUAUGUAG